GUCUUUAAAAUCGACGUGCUGGUGAACGGAAGGCUGCACAGUGUCGAGAAACGCUACAGCGAAUUCCACGCCUUACAUAAAAUGUUAAAGAAAAACAUAAAACCACCAGAAAUUCCUUCAAAGCACGUCAGAAACUGGGUUCCCAAAGUACUGGAGCAGAGGAGGCAAGGCCUGGAGCUCUAUCUGCAGACUCGUUCUCUAACGUUGUGAUUGAAGGGGUGGUACACGGCGUUUUCUACUCUGACCUAUAGCCGAGGCAGACCUGCAGAGACGGGCGCGACGGGGCGUGGCCAAGAUCAGACGCUCCUCGCCCUUUCAGGUUUGCAUCGACAAGAAGGCAAUAUCCGGAAGACACACUGAGCCUCGUUUUUAACACAAAUAACAGGAAAGAACUCAUUAUUUUUUUAAAACUAAAAGAAGAUUAUUGGUCUUGAACACUAAACUCAUGUUUGUUACAUCAAAGCUCGACAGACUCACCUGUGGAUCAUUCGCUGCAUGGAAAUGGAACUUUCUGUAUUUUGUGCGAACGUCGUGAUAGAAAAACAGCACACAGAAACAACUGGAAUAAAAUGUAUUCGCGUAGAAAACCGAAAUGUUUAGUGAGUGGUCGGACGUGCUCGCAGUUUGGAGGGGAAAGCUGUUGGAGUUGUUUUGUUGCACUUUUUAAAAGGCGUCCACGUUGCCAGCUGAGGGAGGGCAGCAGUGAUGUGGCUGCAUUCCAUUUAGGGACUGAAGAGCCGGGCUGUGUAUUCUGGUGGAGCCGACAGCGACGUGCUGCUCGUUUAAAAAUAGGUUGAAGCUUCAGAUCCCUGUUCUGUUCUGUGUGGAAAGCUAAACCUUUACAAUCAAAUGUUUAAAAAGGUGGACCGGAACAAAUAGUGCACAGUAGUUUUCCUGAUAUAAUGAUGUGCAAUUCUGAAAUGCGGGUACGCACUCAUUGUAAACAAACCAAUCAGGUGAACCCACCCAAAACCAGAAGGAAGCUUGAGUGGCGUGACUGACCUUCGUUAGGCUGGUUGUAAUUAUAUUUUAAUACUUUAAUCAACAGUUCUGUUAGCAUACGUAGCAGUACGUUGACUUCUACGGUAUUUUUGACGUAUUUUCCGUCACACAAACACUGGCGUCACCAGGACACCUAAAACACUAAAGUAGACUUGUGGAACCCUGAUUUAAUGGAUAUAUGUGAGUUUCCAUCAGUUGUGAGUAAACAUCUUGUCUGAAGCUGCAGCAGUCGUCUUAUUUUACACGAAGAACCGUCGACUUUAAAGCGUUUUCAUCCCUGAAGACGUGUUCUAUUUUUUUUUUUGUUUCAAAUUUGUCACACUAACAAGAGACAAACCUAGUUGAUGUUUUGAAAAAGGGAAAUGAGUGAAACUUGAUCACCAGAUUUGUGAUUGUCUUCAUUCUUCACACAGAUGUUGCUACUUGUUAAUGUGCACAAUUUUAGCUAAAAUCAUUUUUUUAAUUGCCAAAAUCCCGGGCUGCUCUAAUGAUUUGCUUCUGUACAAAUGCUACAGUGGGUGCAGAGAUUUCUAGUUUUUACAAGAAAGACAUGUAUUUAACACUAACUGUUACAUAAUAGGUCAGAUGUGAUGUUAUUCGAUUAGUAUUAUAGCGAUAAAAAUGGUGCUUUAGCUUUUAGAGAAUGAUUAACAACAAGAGUUGUCGGGUAAUAAAAAGACAGGCAGCCAGUAAAAUGUUGUGCAAUAUGAAAUAAAACAAAUCAUCUACUCUGGAAGUCAGCUAAACCUGUGAAACGACAAAACCGCUGACGUUCUGGACACUUUGUGCGACUCAUAGAUUUUGUGAAACCUUGUGUUGCGUGUCGUUUUGUUUGAACAGCAGUCAAUGAUCAAACAGCAGGUUUCACAACACUGUUACCCACAUGUUUGUCUGAAUAACAGACUUCAACUACAAAGAAGGAAAAUGUGGAGUUUUUACUAACGUAAAUCACGAACAUGUGUAUUUAUUUUGUGUACUGUUGUGUUCAUAUGAAAUGUGUUGUUUGUGCCAUAAAACAAAACUACAGUGAAGCCUGGUUUACUGUAGCACUUUAAAAUGAUUGCUUUCUGACAUACUGACACUAAUUAAAAUCAUGAUUUCCACAAA